AUGACCUCGUUCAAGUUCUGUUCUGAUUGUAAUAAUAUGUUGUAUCCAAAAGAGGAUAAAGACAACAGUCGACUUCUUUUCAGUUGUCGUAACUGUCAUUAUACAGAGUUGGCUGAUGACCCAAAGGUGUAUCGUCAUGAACUUAAGGCCGAUAUUGGGGAAACUGCUGGUGUGAUUCAAGACAUUGGGAGUGACCCAACCCUACCGAGAAGUGACAAGGAGUGCCCAUACUGCCAUGCGCGCAACUGUGUGUUUUUCCAAUCACAAAUUAGACGAAAAGAUACUAGCAUGGUGUUGUUCUACGUGUGUCUUGAUUGUAAUAGAACAUUCAAGAGUGCAUGA